AUCUCCGUCAUAGGCAUUAAAUGUUAAGUGGUUUGACUUUGGUGAAAGUCUAAAUUGGUUUGACCGGUGGUCAAAGAGUUCAUGAGAAACCCGUAACACCUAAAUCGUUUUGAAAAGAAAGAAAAUAAGUUGACUGUUGGUCAACCGUCUAAAGAACCGAAUGUAAAGUUGAAUUGAUUUUUAUUAAAAGGAUAAACAUAUGCACGAUCUUAAUUGUUGAAUUAUUAUGUUUAUUCUUGUGCUACAAUGGAGUACCACUCAGCGUCAAUGCUGAGCGGAUAGCGUUGUUUUUCUUUUUGCUGUCCGUAGGUGAUCAGACAGAUGAACCUAGAGCCGAUCCCAGAGGGCAUUGAGGAGGAGAUGUACGAUGGCGUGGCUGUCUCUUUAAUCUGUUGAUUAUGCUUUAUUUAAUUAACUUUAAUGCUUAUUACGUUUUCGGGCAAGAUCCCAAGUUGUUUGACUUUAAAAAGGCUUCCGCAUUAUUUUAAAUUACUCCGAUGAAUUUUUAUAUGUAUUGAUAGAACGUUUGUUUAAAAUCGUUUUGAAAAUGUCGCAAAUUCGGAUACCAAUUCAGUGACACACCGGUCCGCUGUCUCACGGGUUGGGUCAUGCGGGUUGGGGUGUUACAGGAGACACGGCGGAAUGAGCUAAGCACGACAGAAGAAGGUGGGGGACAAACGUCACUCUUGGAGCUUAGGACGAGAGUGACCGCUUCAAUUGGUUUUCAUUACCAUCGCUGCGAAGCAUUCGAAUCGCAUAAGAAAAUGGGUACCACCGAUGGAAGCACAGUGGCGCCGUCGCUCAUGGCCGAUUUCCUUCAGAAGUCCGGCGGCGUAGGCGUGAUCGACGGCGGCCUGGCCACGGAGCUGGAACGGCACGGUGCGAACCUCAACGAUCCUCUCUGGAGUGCCAAAUGCCUCCUUGAUUCCCCCCAUCUCAUUCGCGCGGUACACCUGGAUUACCUUGAAGCUGGUGCAGGCAUCAUAAUCUCUGCAUCCUAUCAGGCAACCAUUCAGGGAUUCAUGGCCAAAGAUUUUUCCCAGGACGAGAGUGAAGCCUUGCUUAAAAAAAGUGUUGAAAUAGCAUGUGAGGCACGAAAUUUAUACAACAAGAAAUGCAGAGAAUCUUCUUCUGAUUAUACUACUGCUGGGAAGGUUCUUAAAAAUCGGCCUAUCUUAGUUGCUGCAUCUGUGGGUAGUUAUGGAGCUUAUUUAGCCGAUGGAUCUGAAUACAGUGGGGACUAUGGAGAUGUAAUCAAUGUGAAGUUUUUAAAAGAUUUUCAUAGGAGGAGAGUUCAGCUUCUUGCUGAUGCUGGUGCUGAUAUAAUGGCAUUUGAAACUGUGCCAAAUAAGAUUGAAGCUCAGGCUUUUGUUGAGCUGCUUGACGAAGAGGAUAUCAAAAUUCCCGCAUGGUUAUCCUUCAACUCUAAGGAUGGCAUCAAUGUGGUCAGUGGUGACUCUUUAUUAGAGUGUGCUACCAUUGCAGAUUCGUGCAAGACUGUUGUUGCUGUGGGAAUAAAUUGUACCCCUCCGAGAUUCAUAUCGAAUCUAAUUCUAUCCUUGAAUAAGGCUACUGCCAAACCAAUUCUUAUAUAUCCAAACAGUGGCGAGACAUAUGAUGCCGAGAAGAAGGAAUGGGUAACAAAUACAGGGGUGUCCAAUGAUAGUUUUGUGUCCUAUGUGAACAAAUGGUGCGAAGAUGGAGCGUCCCUUGUUGGAGGGUGCUGCAGAACGACUCCUGACACUAUUAGAGCAAUAUACAAUGUGCUCUCGACCGAGCAAAACUCGGCACAUCCCAAGUAAAAAAAGAAGAAAUAAGCACAGACCGCAUGCUCCUUUCGGUUACCACGGACAGCAAACGGGUGAUGGUCACAGGGCAUAUAUAUUUUAGGAGAAUAAAAUGUGCAGAGAGAUGAUCGUGUGAAUGUUGGCCAAUGGUUCCGAGCUCUAAAUGUGCAGUUUAUGUGAGGGUGAAUAUGAUGUUUGGAUCUCAUCAUCUUUGGCUCGCCGCUGAAUGGACUGCAGAGUAAUGGUAUUAUUCUAUGUGAUGGUGCAUUUUGUGCAUACUAUACUCGGCAGAAUAUAGAUGGUUAUUUCUGUAAUUUGAUGUGUAUUUUAGCUGUCCCUUGAUAUCAAAUUUCAUUAUGUUCCCAAAGCAAAAUAUAUGGACAUGUUGUUAUUGCCAUUUCUUAAGUUAAUAAAACAUUAGAAAAAUUAAUGGUGAUGACUGAUGUUAAAUUAAAGUCUUAUAUUGAAU